UUUUCAUUCUGCCUGGCUCAUUUAUGAAGAAGUAACUGAAAAGCAGCAGACUCUGAUUUGUCUUCUUUCCAUGGGAUCUGUGUGGUAGGUUUGGUUGUGGCCAAUGCCUUCCUUUUUGCUCCUAAAUCUCUUGGUCCUCAUUCAAGUGACUUUUCAGGUACCAGAAAGUGACAGCUUUCUGAUACAAAAUGAAAACCUCAAGCUUUGUAUACAACCUCAGAAAUCUCGUUCCAUCACCCUGGUCAACUGCGAUGAGGAUAAUGAGUGGCAACAUUUCAAGUGGGUUUCCGAAGACCGGAUCUUGAACAUGGCAGUGAAGUUAUGCCUGGCAGUGCCUUCCAAGUCAGACCUGGUUGCACUCACCCUCUCCCCCUGUAAUGAGACGGCUGAACUUCAGAAAUGGGAAUGCAGAAAUGAGAGCCUCCUUGCACUCAAACAGGGAGAUUUGUUUCUAAAUCCUGAAGGUGGCCAAAAAAGUCGUCUUAUACUUUCUAAAGUAGCCACCAGCAAGAGUACCUGGAAGAUCUAUGGAAUGAAAGACAGUUUGUGUUCCAAGGGCUAUGAAGCUCUGUAUACCAUAGAAGGCAAUAACUUUGGAGCCCCCUGUGUGUUUCCAUUCAAGUAUAAGAAUAAAUGGUAUGCAAAGUGCAUAAGAGAUGACGAUGGAAAUGGAUGGCUUUGGUGUGGAACAACAGCAGAUGUGGAUAGAAACUCUUUAAGUGGAUAUUGUCCAGUAAAAGAUGACCAUGAUGAAUUCUUCUGGACCAGAAACCACUGGACAGGGGAUCUGUAUCAGAUCAAUUCCCACUCAGCUCUAACAUGGUACCAAGCAAGAAAAAGUUGCCAGCAACAGAAUGCAGAAUUAUUGAGCAUCACCGAUUUACAUGAACAAGCAUACCUGACAGGGUUAAUAAAUGGUAUAGCUACUUAUUACUGGAUUGGUCUGAACAGUUUGGAUCUUGACAGUGGAUGGCAGUGGAUUGGCAACCACCCUUUCAGAUAUUUAAACUGGGCUCCAGGGAGCCCAUCCCCAGAAACAGAAAAAAUCUGUGGAUCAAUGCAGUCUAAGAAUGGCAAGUGGGGGAAUGAUAAGUGUCAAGAGAAACUUGGAUACAUUUGUAAAAAAGAAAACUCUUCAAUAGAUGCUUCUGUUAUUCCUUCAGAUGGCUUUAAACCAAUUAAAUGUCCAGAUGGCUGGGCUGCAUAUGCAGGUCACUGUUACCGCCUUAACAGAGACCUUAAGACAUGGAAGAAUGCGUUAUGGUCCUGUCGAAAGGAAGGUGGAGAUUUAAUAAGUAUACACAACAUUGAAGAAUACAGCUUUGUCAUUUCUCAGCUAGGCUACAAACCAACAGAUCUUCUAUGGAUAGGACUGAAUGACCAGAAGAUUCAGAUGUAUUAUGAAUGGAGUGAUGGUUCUACCGUGACAUUCACCAAGUGGCAGAAAGGAAAACCACAACAAAUAAAUGAUGUGCAAAAUGAAUGUGUCAUCAUGAAUGGGGAGAAUGGGUACUGGGCUGAUUAUUUCUGUGAAGUGGAACUUGGUUACAUCUGUAAAAGACAACCUUUGGCAUUUCUUCCUGGAGAACCUGAAAUCGCUGAUCCAAAUUGCCAGAAAGAUUGGAAAAGGCACGGUGUCUAUUGUUAUUUAAUUGGACAAACAUUUUUAACGUUUUCAGAAGCAAAGAAAUUCUGCGAAACAAAUAAGGGAUCUCUGACUUCUGUGGAAAACAGGUAUGAACAGGCUUACCUGACUAGUCUAGUUGGGCUUCGUUCUGAAAAAUAUUUCUGGAUUGGCCUUUCAGGCGCACAGCAAUCAGGGACAUUUAACUGGACCAAUGGAGAUGGUGUUCUGUUUACCCACUGGAAUUCAGCAAUGCCUGGGCAACAUCUUGGCUGUGUUGCCAUGAGAACUGGGACUGCAGCUGGAUUGUGGGAUGUUGUGAACUGUGAAGAGGAGGCAGCCUUCAUCUGCAAACAAUGGGCAGAAGGUGUAACAACAACUCCUGCCCCCACACAAAGUCUUCCACCUCCAUGCCCAGAAGGAUGGCGUUCCAGCAGUACUAGAAAUGUGUGCUUCAAGGCCUUUAAAAAAGAGAAAGAGAGCAAGAAAUCUUGGUUUGAAGCACGAGACUUCUGCAGAGCAAUUGGAGGAGACCUCGUUUCUGUUCAUAGUGAAGAAGAACAGAAAAUGCUGUCAGAGUUGGCUUCUGCAGACUAUUAUUGGAUUGGUUUAAGUGAGUUGGAGCCCGAUAAAGGAUUUACUUGGAGUGAUGGAACUCCUCUAAACUUCGAAGAGAGGAGCUUUUUCUAUCAAGUUUUAAGAGAUAAAGACAUGGGAUGCAGAGGAGUGGCUUCAUUUUAUUCGUGGUGGAAACCUUCCUGGUGUGAGCAUUUUCUGAAUUGGGUUUGCCAAAUAAAGAGAGGUGUGUCAUUAAAACCGGAGCCAAACAAUCAUUUCGAAUAUUCAUUCAAAAGAAUUGAAAAUGGCUGGAUCUUGUAUGAGGGCAACGAGUACUAUUUCAGUAAUGAAACAGCAUCUGCAGAAAGAGCUCGAGCAUACUGCAAGAAGCAUGGCGGAGAUCUUGCAGUCAUUGACAGAGAAAGCGAACAAAAGUUUUUGUGGAAAUAUAACAAGCUUUAUGGAAGUUACAAGAACAUUCACAUUGGUUUAAUAUUGGGUCUCGAUAGAAAGUUCGGCUGGUUGGAUGGAACUCCAGUGACCUAUGCAGCCUCACCUAAUGACCCAACUUUGCAAAAUGAUGAUGAAAACUGUGUGGUCAUAUAUUACAGCACAGGUUUAUGGAAUGAUAUCAACUGUGGUGCUGAGGACAGAUUUGUAUGUGAAAGACAUAACAGUUCUGUCCGUUCAUCUGUUGCUCCCACGCUGCCUGUACCUCUUGGAGGCUGUGCUGAAGGAUGGCUUUUCUUUGAUAAAAAGUGCUUCCAGCUGUUUGGUCUUAAUGAAGAGAGGAAAAACUGGUCCUAUGCACGAACCACUUGCAAGAAUCUAGGAGGGAAUCUGGCAACUAUACCGAACAAAGCUACACAAGCAUUCCUCACAGUGCACUUAAAAAGUGCUGCAACUGAUCCUUGGAUUGGACUGAACGAUGUUAAUAUUGAGCGCAUGUUUGUAUGGACAGAUGGAAGUGGAGUCCACUACACAAACUGGGCCAAAGGUUUUCCAGCUUAUGGUGAAGACUGCGUUUUUAUGAUGAAGGAGCCUGAGAAGCUGGCAGGAUAUUGGAGAGAUGGGCCAUGUUCUGCUAAGAAAAGCUACAUCUGCCAAAGAAAUACUGAUCCUGCAUUAUCACACUCUGAAACAACAAUUCCAGCCUCUGGUUAUGCCCCUUUUGGGAACAGAAGUUACUCUCUCAUCACCCCCAAAAUGACAUGGGAAGAGGCCAGGAAAAAAUGUAAAUCUGAACAGUCAGAUCUUGCCAGCAUUUUGGAUCCCUACACUGAAUCAUUCCUAUGGCUGUGGGUGUUAAAAUAUGGAGAGCCUGCAUGGAUUGGCCUAAAUAGCAACAUGUGGAUAAGCAACUGGAGACUGGUGUAUACUAACUGGGCCCCCGGGGAGCCAAAGCAGAAAAUAGCCUGUGUCUAUUUAGACAUUGAUGGUCACUGGAAAACCGGAACUUGCAAUGAAACAUACUUCUCUUUCUGUGAGCACUACCACGGUAAGAUGCCAACUGAGGCUCCACAAGUCCCAGGGAAAUGCCCUGACUCAAAACAGGACCAGAGAUCUUGGAUUCCUUUUCGGGCUCAUUGCUAUCAAAUCAACCAGCCUUCAAAUGGAUGGCCAGAUGCAGCCUUCAAAUGUACUCAGUUAGGUAGCACCUUGAUUUCUAUAGAAGAUUCAGCUGAAUUGAACUUUCUGAUGGAGCAUACUCAGCAAUCCCAACAUGCUGACUAUUGGAUAGGAUUGUUCAGAAACAUAGAUGGAGAAUGGAUAUGGCAAGAUAACACUGGCACUAGUUUUGUCAACUGGAAAGAUGAGAGUCCACACCCGAUCCUCAAGCUGUUUUCAGUAAUAGCGAGUAAGAACUGCAUUCUCAUGAACAGCCAUAAUGGAAAGUGGUCCAGGGAGCACUGCGGAUACUCUAAGGGAUUUAUAUGUAAAAGGCACAAAAUUAUUGAAGAGACAACUAAAGCACCUACGAAAAGUACAGAACAAGAAGAUAUUCCUGCAUCAGCCCAUGGCAGAGUUGCAAAGGUAGCCCUACCAGUUAUCAUCCUCAUUGGCAUGGGUACUGCACUCUAUAUUUUCUACAAAAGAAGAAGUAGAAAACAACGAACCACUGGCAGCUUUGGUAACUCCCUCUAUCGUGACAGUGAGAUCAUUCUUCACAAUGAUUCAGAAGUGCUUGUGGAAGAUAAAGAGGGAGAUAGGCUGUGAUGUGGGAGUAAGUCUCAUUGAGCUCAAUAGGAAUUACUUCUGAUUGACAGGGGUAGGAUUGCAUUAUUAAUUCCUUUCAAGAAGUAACAAUAUGCAUAUGCAGAGGUCCUUUCUAUCACCACAUUCAUUGUGUGGCAUGCUCUGAAUGCAUAAUUCUUAUUUAGGAAAUAAAACGUAUUCUAAAUAGAAUAAAUUCAAAUUAAGGUAAUUUUAAUCUGUUUUAGUAUUUUAACUUUUGUAUGUUUUA